UUAGCCAUCGUAGGAUUCGCUGCGCUUGCUGGUGGACAUGGUAACGCUGCUGGGGGACAAGGAAGAUAAUCCAAAGGAGAGCCAUUUAAUACAGAGGGAGAUUUUCCUUCUCCGACGCUGUUCCAGACCAAGGCUGUUGGACACUCGAGCGUUAUCACUUGAACUAUGGCUGACAAGCAAAAAGUUGCAGCUCCGCCUGUUGAUGCAGUUGGUGCGGAUGUUGUUGAUGCUGGGACUUCUUUUCCAUUUGUAAGCUCUACUUUUACUGUUGGUAAAACCGGUGGGCUUGCUGGGGUAUUAAUGUCGACGUUACUCAGCAUUUGCGCUAAUUUUCUACAACACAAGUACGCUAAUCUUCUUGCUAAUAAUUCAGACUGGACAAAUUCUUCAAGAUAUUGGAGCGCUAGUGGUAGCAACAGUUUCAAUAUUCCGUCGUCGGAUGGAUUAAACCGCAUUUUAUCUAAUAAUUCUAAAAUCCAUUGA